AUGGCCUCGACUUCCACCAACGGCCGCUACAAGCACACCCGGGCCAUCCUCGGCCCCGAACUCUUCGCCAAAGUCACCAACGCCCGCGUCCUCGUCGUCGGAGCCGGCGGCAUCGGCUGCGAGCUCAUCAAGAACAUGGUCAUGUCGGGCUACGGCUGCGGCGAGCGCGGCGAGAUCCAGGUGCUCGACCUCGACACGAUCGACCUCUCGAACCUCAACCGCCAGUUCCUGUUCCAGAAGCAGCACGUCAAGCGACCAAAGGCCGUCGUCGCUCGCGAGACGGCCCUCAAGUUCAACCCGCACGUCAACAUCACGGCGCUGCACCGCAACAUCAAGGACGACGAGUACGGCGUCGAGUACUUCAAGUCGUUCGACUUUGUCAUGAACGCCCUCGACAACCUCGACGCACGCCGGCACGUCAACAAAAUGUGCCUCGCGGCCGACAUUCCUUUGCUCGAGUCGGGCACGUCGGGCUACGUCGGCCAGGUGCAGCCCAUCAAGCGCGAGACGACCGAGUGCUUCGACUGCACGGGCAAGCCCGUGCCCAAGACGUUCGCCGUGUGCACGAUCCGCAGCACGCCGUCGACGGCGCACCACUGCAUCGCGUGGGCCAAGUCGUACCUCUUCCCUCAGCUGUUCGGCGCCGACGACGAGGCCGACCAGCAAGAGCUCGACGACGCCGAGAAGAACGGCGAGAACGUCGACGAGAUCCAGAACUUGCGCCACGAGGCCGUCGCCGUGCGCGAGCUACGCGCGACGCUCAACCUCGAGGGGGCGGCGAGGCGCGUCUUCGACAAGGUCUACAUCGCCGACAUCGAGCGCCUGCUCAAGAUGGAGGACAUGUGGGCGCACCGCAAGCCACCGCGCCCGCUCAGCUGGGACGAGUUGUCGGCGCCCGCACCGGCCGAGGAGGCCAAGGCGGCCGAGAAGAAGGACGGCGACGAGGCAGCGGCGGCGGCGGCUCUGGUCGAGAACGGCAAGGGCGAGGGCAAGGGCGAGGACAAGGCCAAGGAGGACGUGCGGUUCUCGAGCCAGAAGAAGCUGAGCGUGCGCGACUCGUUCGCCCUCUUCGUCGAUGCCGUGACGCGCCUCUCGGCGCGCUUCGACCCCAAGGGCGACCCGCUCGUAUUCGACAAGGACGACGACGACACGCUCGACUUUGUCGUCGGUGCCGCCAACCUGCGCGCCGCCGCGUUCGACAUCGAGAUCCAGACCCAGUUCCAGGUCAAGGAGUACGCCGGCAACAUCAUCCCGGCGAUCGCGACGACCAACGCCAUCAUCGCGGCGUGCCUCGUGCACCAGUCGCUCAACGUCCUGCGCGGCACGUGGGAUCGCGCGCGGACCAUCUGGCUCAAGCGCACCUCGGGCCGCGUGUUUGACGUGAGCCCGCUCUCGCCGCCCAACCCGCACUGCGCUGUGUGUCGCGUCGUGUACGUGCCCGUGCGCAUCGCGCGCGACGUCACGCUCGGCGAGUUUGUCAAGGGCCUCGUCGGCGCAGGCGGCGAGUGCGAGGGCAAGGUGCCGUUCGAGGGCGUCGUGACGGUGCAGGAGGGGACGCGCCUCGUGUGGGAGUCGGACGACUUUGAGGACAAUGCCGACCGCACGAUGGACAGCCUCGGGCUCGGCGAGGGCAAGUUUGUCACCGUCACGGACGACGACGAGCCGCACUGGCCCGUCCAGUUCUGCAUCUCUAGCUACCUCCCCGACGGCGCCACCCCGCGCCUACAGCCCGACCUCUCAUCCCUCCCCUCGCCCAUGCCGCUCCGCGCCCCGCCGCCCGCCCCACCCGCUUCCGCCUCGGACGCCGACGACGACGACGACGACGACGACGACGACGACGGCGACCUCGUCACGGUCGUCGAGGGCGCUGCGGCGCACGGACCCGAGGCGGGCGCGCCCGGCGCCCAGGUCGUCGGCAGGAAGCGGCGCGCCGAUGAGCUCGAAGGCGAGGGCGAGGGCGAGGGCGAGGGAGGGGCGAAGAAGCGCAAGGCGGGCGGAACGGACGUCGUCGUGCUCGAUGCGGACGACGACGUCGUCAUCGACUUGACGUAGAGUUUCGAGCUUCGAGCAGGGCCAGGGUCGGCUUGGAGCAGCAGGACGGGCCGCAGACGAGCAACAGCUUCCACUCACUUUGCGUC